AUGCCGUCCGCCACGACACACGCCGUUGUUGGCUUCAACAUUGUCGGCGGGCAUCCUGACUCGCGACCUACCAUCGACAAGCCCCUUGUGAAUUCUGGAAGCUUGGGCAACUUCGAGCAGAAUGAUAUCACACCCGUGAUAGGAACGGAGUUUUAUGGUCUCCAGAUCCGUGACCUGUUGCAAUGGAAAGACCAGGCAGUCAAAGAUCUGGCCGCGACCGUCUCACAACGAGGAGUUGUCUUCCUCCGCGACCAGGAUGUGACACCAACAGAGAUGAAGGACUUCAUCAUUCGCCUGUCAACCCUUGCGGGAUGCCCAACAACGUCGGGCUUGCACGUGCAUCCGUUGACCGAAGAAGGUAGCGAGCUCGGGGAUCAAAUCAGUGUUAUCUCGAGCGAGAAGCAAAAGAAGGGCGGUGGUUUGACACACCAGCUGUCCGAUGUGAGUCGCUUUGCUAGCACGGGAUGGCAUAGCGAUAUCACCUUUGAGAAGGUGCCUUCGGACUAUGCCAUGCUGAAGAUCCACACAUUGCCGAAGACAGGAGGCGACACGCUCUGGGCAUCGGGUUACGAGAUAUAUGACCGCCUGUCAGACCCGAUGAAAAGGUUCCUCGAAGGCCUGACGGCUACACACGACGCCAACUUCUUCCAUGGCGAAGCCGAGAGACUCGGAAAUCCUCUGCGGAAAGCCAUCCGGGGCUCGCCCCUCAAUCAAGGCACGGAUCUGAAGACGGUCCACCCCGUCAUCAGAACCAACCCGGUCACGGGCUGGAAGUCGGUCUACGUGAACAAGGGGUUCACCAAGAGAAUCAACGGCGUCUCCAAAGACGAGUCCGACAUGUUGCUGGCUUACAUAUUCAACCUCGUCACGCAGAACCACGAUGCACAGGUGCGCUUCAAGUGGAAGAAGAACGACUGCGCUAUAUGGGACAAUAGGUCGACACUGCACUGCGCUACGUAUGACUAUUCGGGAGCGAGAGCUGGUGAUCGGGUGGCAAGCUUAGGCGAGGCGCCUUACUUGGAUGUGGACAGCAAGAGUCGGAGGGAAGCACUAGGUGAAUGA